CUCUGCUCCUGCGCAGGAUGCGGCUGCUGCUGGCGCUCCUGGCCCUCGCCGCCUCCCGGCCCUCGGUCCGCGCAGAGUCCCACUGGUGCUACGAGACUCAAGCCAAAGCCUCCAACAACUGCUUGGGGCCGGACCAGUGGGGUGGAAACUGCGAGAAGGACCGCCAGUCCCCCAUCAACAUCGUCACCAGCAAGGCACAGGUGAACACAAACCUGGGACCCUUCUCCUUCUCUGGCUAUGACAAGAAGCAAAAGUGGACUGUCCAAAACAAUGGGCACUCAGUGAUGGUGUUGCUGGGUAAUGAGUCCGCAAUCGCUGGAGGGGGACUGUCCUCCCGAUACCGGGCCAAGCAGCUGCACCUGCACUGGUCCAAGGUGCUGGACGCGGGCUCGGAGCACAGCCUCGACGGGGAUCGCUUUGCCAUGGAGAUGCACAUCGUACACGAGAGAGAGAACAAGAAAGAGGCCCAGAACUCUGAAGACGAGAUUGCAGUGCUGGCCUUCCUGGUGGAGGCCGGAUCCAAGAACGAUGGCUUCCAGCCCCUGGUGGAGGUGCUGUCUUCUAUUUCCAGACCCAUGAUGAGCACCACAAUGAAGGACAGCAUCAGCCUGUUAGACCUGCUCCCCGAGGAGGAGAAACUGAGGCACUACUUCCGCUACCUGGGCUCGCUCACCACGCCGGGCUGUGAGGAGAAGGUUGUCUGGACUGUGUUUGUGGAGCCCAUUCACCUCCACAAGGACCAGAUCCUCGAAUUCUCUGAGAAGCUGUACUACGACAAUGAGCAGAAACAGAAGAUGACAGACAACGUCAGGCCCCUGCAACGCCGGGGUCAGCGCCGGGUGUUCAGGUCCCAGGCCCCGGGACGACUGCUGCCCUUGCCGCUGCCCACCCUGCUGGCCCCGACUCUUCCCUACCUGCUGGCCGGCUUCCUCCGGUGAUGGCUCACUCCGGAC